AUGAGUGGAUUUGAAUCGCUUUCUAAACCAUUGAAGCCACGAUCGGAGGUUGCCGUCCAUACACUUCAUCCAACACUGGAACAAAAACCACGUGCUAAAUACAGUGUACCAGACUGGUUCAAUCACAAUUAUGCGAUAUCAUAUGAUGCAGAACGUAGUCGAAAUGUAUCACAUCAAGUACGACAAGAUGGUCGGCGAUUAAUCAAUGAAACAUAUAAUGAAUCAUGGUGGAAUAAACAUGAUAAUGAUGUACGAAUUUCUGAUCGACUUGAUGAAGUAGAUAAAUGGCGUAAAACACUUGAAUAUACAAUUCAAGAUGUUGAUCGAGAAAUUCAAGCUAUACAAUCUACUAAAGAACAAUGUGAACGAUAUCUUGAACAUAUGCGAAGUCCAUUAGGUACUAUUUCUAUUUUAUUUAUUUUUAUUAUUCGAAAUAAAAGUAUUUAUUUAGAUAUUUCAUUGGAAAAUAAUGUUACACGUGAUGGUCGUAAAGCUAUUGAUAAUGUUGAUGAUGAAGCUGAACGUGAAUUGAAAAAAGAAGUUUAUGUUAUUGACGGUAUUAAACGACAACUUCAUCAACAAGUUCAAACAGCAUUUGAUCAAAUUGCUCGUCUUAAUGAAGCUAAACAACAAUUAAUUCGAGAUUUACAAGAUAAACAUACGGCUUUUGCAAUCUGUGAAGAAAACUUACAAUUAAAUGAAUUUUCACCAAAUAUUAGUUAUAAACCUGAUCCAUGUCGACCAAUCAAAGGACAAAUAACACCAGAAGAAUGGAUUGCAUUUUCAAAAUAUAAUAAAGAUCGUGCAGAAAAAGAAAUUUAUGAAUCAACACGUCUUCGUGAAAGUAUCUUUCAUACAAUUGGUCAGUCAUCAGCUGAUCUUGAAUCGCAAAGCAAAGCAAGUGAAUAUGCAUUACGGAAACGUCUUCAUGAACUUGAACGAUCACUUAGAGAACUUGAAUGGCAAAAGAAACAAACGGAAGAGGAAAUACUUAGUAAUGAAAAUGAUAUUGAUCGUUUAGAAAAAGCUAUUCGAGAUAAAGAACCAUUAAUUAAAUUAGCUAUGUCUCGACAAGAAAAUCGUCAUAGUCGUCCAGGAAUGGAUUUAGUUCGUGAUGAAGUUACCUAUGGAUUAUGUGAUGAAAUGCAACAAUUAAAAGCUGAAAAACGUGCCUUAGAAGAUCAAUUAAAACAAACAAAGCAUGCAUGGAAUAUUCUUCAACAACAAUUACAUCGAAUUGAAGAUGAAAUAGCAGUUAAAUCAAAUUCAAUUAUGCUUGAAAGACGAGCUUUAGAAACACGACGUCGUUUAAAUACAGAAAUAACACCAAAUACGGAAACGGAUCGAAAUCGUCAAUUACUUAAUAUGGAUUCAAGUGGCCUUCGUCAUGUUCUUCAAUCUAUUUAUUAA